GCUGAUGACGAAAGCGGAAGUGCUCCGACCAGAGGCGGGACGAGAGCCCGGAGGGGGCUUGGAAUUGCGGAAGUUUUGAGAAGGGUCGGUGGCUCUUGAGGCGCCUAGAGGUUUUGGAACAAGUUCGCGAAGGGGAGCCGUCGCUCGGGGUCCGAGAGCUACCAGCCCGCGCACGUUUGAGGCAACACCGGGCGCGAUUCGACGUUGCCGCUGUUGGCUCCUCUGCCCUCGUUCUUCCCCAGGGAGCCGCCUCGGACCUCCGCCAUGGCAUCCACCUCGUCCAACCUCCAGAAAGCAAUAGAUCUUGCUAGCAAAGCAGCCCAGGAAGACAAAGCUGGGAACUACGAGGAAGCUCUUCAACUCUACCAACACGCUGUUCAGUAUUUUCUCCAUGUCGUUAAAUAUGAAGCCCAGGGUGAUAAAGCCAAGCAGAGUAUCAGGGCAAAGUGUACAGAAUAUCUUGAUAGAGCAGAAAAACUAAAGGAGUACCUGAAAAAGAAAGAGAAAACUCCACAGAAGCCGGUGAAAGAGGGGCAGCCGAGUCCAGCUGAGGAUAAGGGGAAUGACAGUGAUGGGGAAGGAGAAUCUGAUGACCCUGAAAAAAAGAAACUACAGAAUCAACUUCAAGGUGCCAUUGUUAUAGAGCGACCAAAUGUGAAAUGGAGCGACGUCGCUGGUCUUGAAGGAGCCAAAGAAGCACUUAAAGAGGCUGUGAUAUUGCCUAUUAAAUUCCCUCAUCUUUUUACAGGCAAGAGAACACCUUGGAGGGGAAUUCUGUUAUUUGGCCCACCUGGAACAGGAAAGUCCUAUUUAGCCAAAGCUGUGGCAACAGAAGCAAACAACUCAACAUUUUUUUCAAUAUCUUCCUCCGACCUUGUGUCUAAGUGGCUAGGAGAGAGUGAAAAGCUAGUUAAGAACUUAUUUCAGCUUGCCAGAGAGAAUAAACCUUCCAUUAUCUUCAUUGAUGAAAUUGAUUCUCUGUGUGGCUCCAGAAGCGAAAAUGAAAGUGAAGCUGCCCGCAGAAUUAAGACAGAGUUCCUAGUUCAGAUGCAAGGCGUUGGUGUAGACAAUGAUGGAAUUUUGGUUCUGGGAGCUACAAAUAUACCCUGGGUUCUGGAUUCUGCCAUUAGAAGAAGAUUUGAGAAACGAAUUUACAUUCCGUUGCCUGAGGCGCAUGCCCGAGCGGCGAUGUUUAAGCUGCACUUGGGGGCCACGCAGAACAGCCUCACAGAAGCGGACUUCCGGGACCUCGGCAAGAAGACGGACGGCUACUCGGGGGCAGACAUAAGUGUCAUUGUGCGCGACGCGCUUAUGCAGCCUGUCAGGAAAGUGCAGUCCGCUACUCAUUUUAAGAAGGCUCGCGGACCUUCACGAGCGGACCCUAACAAAAUAGUGGAUGAUCUGCUAACGCCGUGUUCUCCAGGUGACCCUGGUGCCAUUGAAAUGACGUGGAUGGACGUCCCUGGGGAUAAACUUCUGGAGCCAGUUGUCUGCAUGUCGGAUAUGUUACGGUCACUGUCUAAUACAAAGCCCACAGUCAAUGAACAUGAUUUGUUGAAACUAAAGAAGUUUACGGAAGAUUUUGGCCAAGAAGGCUAAACCAAAGAAACAAGGAGGACGUUUACCAUGUGUGUUCUUUCUUUCGUAGGUACUUUUGCCUUUCUUGAUGGUAUUCAGAUCGUUUCCAGUUAAACUCUCUUACUACAGGAAAAUACAGAUCUCACUCCAGAGUUCCUUUAAUUUUAUAUGUACUUGGCUCCAGUACCAGUUAAAUGCUCCUGUUAACAAAAAUGAUAAAAUAAUAAUGGAUUGUAAGGAGAUCAGUGAUAUAUGAAGGGCAAAAAACAGGAAUUGCCCAGUUCAGAAGAGGAUUAAAAUUGAUUUUUAGUAUUUACCAAUAUUUAGGAUUGGUAGUCUUUGCAAAGAGCUUUUAUUCUUUAUUUCUCUCCCUCCAUCUCCAUCUCUCUCUCUCUCUCUCUCUCUCUCUCUCAUUUUUUUUACCAGAAUGAAAUGGGGCUUAUUUUAUAUUUUGAAAACAAAAAUUGUUAAGCAUCAUUCUCUUCAAUGUAAAAUUCAUUUAACUAAAAAAUGUAAAAUGAUAGAAUCUUUAUUCUCAGGGAUGGGCAAUAAACUAGCAAAGAGCACUGUGAUUGGGCUUGAAAAGUUUUGAAUUGUGUUCUAGCCGAGUCUCCUUGAGUUCUGAUAGGCUGACAUUUUUCUUUGUGUAGAUUUCAGUAAUUUCUUUAAAAACAACAGACUUCUAUAUUUAAUUAAAUAAUACCUUUCACUGUGCAGUCUCAAAAGAAAGACUUCCUAAAUUAGGCAUUGUCUUUAUCUUGAAGAAGAAAAUUGUCUAUUUCAGUGUCUUUUUGUAGCAAGAUUGACCAAAACAGAUGGCAAAUAAAUACAUACUUUUUAAAUAACUCCGUCCUGAAAUGCUAUAAUGGGAACCUUUGCUAAAAGGAAUAGCCUCCCUUUGAAUUGUGGGAAGUUUCUUGUGGGGGUGUGUGUGUACAUAUAUAUAUAAUUUUUUUUCUUUUAAUAUAGGCUACCAAGGGUCUUAUCUUUUAAGUUCAGGGAAUAGUUUGUCCUGGCCACAACUAUGUUAUCAGUAUAAUGCUUGUGAAGCUUCAAAAAUGAGCUAGUGUCUCAUUAAAUAAUAAAAUACAAACAUGAUACAUUAUUUUAAUAUCUGCAAAUAAAUAACCUGAGAGUGUGUGUUAUACAUGUUAGCAUCAACACUAAGUUGUGCCUUGUGCAUUUGCAUUGGCUAUAUAUGCAAAAGGAUUAUUAAGUUAGCUGGAAUGAGACAGGUUCCUUAAUUACUGUAAUGUCCUACCUUGCAAAUGCUAUAGAGUAAUCAUUUUUAAGUAUAUUUGCACAUUUUACAUGUAAUGCUCUCUGGUUGCCUUUGGGUUUUCUGUACAGAUUGUUUUUGUUGAUACUAAAUGGAAAUCAUAGGCUUGAAAUAUGCUGUUCUUAUGUGAAGUAAAUUGAUAUAACCUACAUUGGC